UCCUAUUGAUUUCACUAGAUGGACUCAAAAUAGGUGAACGAUUGAUUGAUUACGUGCUAUCGAGUCCUUUUUGUGCUUCUACUGGCCUCCUGGAUGGAUUUUCUCCAGGAGAGCCUGCAGCCUGGUCUUUGCAAGCUUUAAAAACAAAACAAGGGAACCACAGAGAAAUGGAAAGGGCUGGUAUUGUCUAUCCAUGCUAGACUCUCUCUUCAAAAUGAUAAAGCCAAGGAAAAUAAUUUGAUAUUGAUUUUCCUACCUUUUCUGUUUUCCUGUUUUAUUUUUUCCUUCUGUGACUAUCUUUUUUUUUAACUCUUUUUUAUAACGGGCGGGUGUUGAAAAAGUCCCCCUUCGGCCCUGGGACAGCAGCGUUUGGGCAAACAGCUUUGGAAUACAUAAUUGUGGCUUAUCUUGCAGACCGAGAUAAUAUCUGUGUCCACACAUUCUUUGCCCCCUGGAACAACCUUGGCAGGGAACAGUUUAUGCUCACAGAAAACAGUUCCUUCUGCGUCAGAACGAAACGUUAGCAAGGGAAGCCGGACGCAUCUGAAGGGGCCGGGAGAACGUUUCAGCUCAUAUUCUGGCGAAAUAAUUUUCUCUCUAGCAAAGAGACCUGGGGAAUUUCUCCUCCAAGUAACUGUGAGCCGAUUUCAUGAUCCCCUUUUCCCACUUGGGCCUCGUGAGCAAGCCCAGCCUGGGGCCUUCGUCAGCGGAGGAGGAGGAGGAAGGGAGCCACUGAGCCCCCCUGAGAGACGCUGAGGAUGGCCCAGUCCAGGUCCAGCAGUGGCUCCCACUACGCCCUGACAGCCAUUGGGCUGGGGAUGCUGGUCCUCGGAGUCAUCAUGGCCGUCUGGAACUUGGUCCCGGGCUUCGGCCUCAGCGCCAAGCCUCACCCGGCCGGCGGCCACCAUAACGAGACCGAGGUCAGCAAGGGGCCGCUGCACAGGAACAAGACCUUCUCGGUGGCCUACGUGCUGGUGGGGGCCGGCGUCCUGCUGCUCCUCUUCUCCAUCUGCUUGACCAUCCGGGACAGAAGGAAGCCCAGGCACCACGAGGACGACGACGUCCGGAUACGUCCGCAGCCCUCGGUCGAGCGGCCUCCCCCGGAGGACAGCCAAGAAGAGGACAACGAGAGCCUCUCCCGGUACUACGUGCCCAGCUAUGAGGAGGUGGUCAACGGCCUCUACCCGCAGCAGCCCCGGCUGGAGGCCGAGGGUGGCGCCCGCAUCAGCAUCUCCCUCCCUUCCUACGAGUCCCUGACGGGGCUGGAUGAGAGCCUCCCCACCAGGCCCAGCCCCACGGCAGCAGGGACAGCAACGGGGGAGGCCCCCGGGGGGCAGCGCCCGCCCGCCCGGCAGAGCUCCCGCCUCAGCAAACGCCUGAAGCCGCUGAAAGUGCGCCGGAUCAAGUCGGAGAAGCUGCACCUGAAGAGCCUCCAGCUGGGCGGCGGCACCCCUCCCGCCCGGGUCACCAUCGAGCCGCUCACUCCCCCUCCCCAGUACGACGAGGCUCCUCCUAAGCUGCCAGAUCCCCAGGAGGGGGAGCCCUGAAAACGCUCCCGAGGGACCCCUAAGGGGCAGGAAGCCCCGGAGAGGCUUCUUCAGAACCAAGAGGGGUGGGGGUUGUGUGCAAGCCAGAAGACCCCCUCCUCAGAACCCCCCCCCCCAUGGCUCAGCUGGACUUGCUUGCCCAACUGGACAACGGGGUCAGGAGAAGAUUCGAUGACACAGCCUUUCAGACGGCCUUCGUCCUCGUGAGCCUUCCUGGCCCACCCGGGAUUUAGGAAACGCCCCCCUUUUCCCCCCUCCAAGGGACUCCCAACCCCCCCCCCCCCAUCAGACUCAGACCCUUCCUCCGUCUCUUUCCUCCGACCUGCGUGGAUGGACAGUUUGGGAAGGCUGCCAGAUCCCCUCUGGAAACCCGGCUCAAGGCGGGGGGAGGUUUUGAUGCCGUCUUAGCAAUACGAACUCUUGGGGUUAUAGUGUCUCUGUGUGUGUGUGUGUUUUUUCUAAAUUAUGUCAUUUUUAUAUAUCUCUGGUAAUAAUGCACACCCCUCCAAACUAGCACUCCAGCUUGCCUGCCAGGCUAGUCCUUAAAUUUUUCCAGCCACGCGAGUUUCAGAUCCGGCCCCCUUUCCCACCAAGCGGGGAUUUCCAGGGGCAGGAAGCAAGCUCUGGUGCCUUGAAACCAAACAUCGCGAAGGCCAAAGAGAACUGCUGAAGCCCACUGGGAUCUGCUGCAGGCCCCAGAGAGGCCUUCCUUUGGGGAGUGGGCUCUCUCUGGGCCUCUCCUGCCGCUCCCUCGGGGGGGGGGGGGGGUUUGCAGUGGCUGAACUGGAAAUGCAAAACUUCUUUUUUCCAAAAGGGUGAAACCUUUUUUUUUUAACUGGAAAGUGUGGGGGGGACCCCUUUUAAAAUGAGAAUAAACGGGCUUUUAUCCAG